CUUUCUCCCUCGCAGCGCCCCGCCCGCCCGCGGCUCCCCAGCCCCAGGCCGGGAGGUAGGAAGGCUCCGGCGGGAGUCGGGGAUCCAGCUUUGGGGCCCAGAUGGGGGAACCCCGGGCUGGGGCCCCCCUGGACGAUGGCAGUGGCUGGACAGGAAGUGAGGAAGGAAGUGAGGAGGGCACCGGCGGCAGUGAAGGGGCUGGGGGAGAUGGGGGCCCAGACGCAGAAGGUGUGUGGAGUCCAGACAUCGAGCAGAGCUUCCAGGAGGCCCUGGCGAUCUACCCACCAUGUGGCCGGCGGAAAAUCAUCCUGUCUGAUGAAGGCAAGAUGUAUGGUCGGAAUGAACUGAUUGCCCGCUACAUCAAGCUAAGAACAGGGAAGACCCGAACCCGCAAACAGGUCUCUAGCCACAUCCAGGUUCUGGCUCGAAGGAAAUCAAGGGAAAUCCAGUCCAAGCUCAAGGCCUUGAAUGUGGACCAGGUUUCCAAGGACAAGGCUUUCCAGACAAUGGCCACCAUGUCCUCAGCCCAGCUCAUCUCAGCACCUUCCCUGCAGGCCAAACUGGGUCCUGCUGGUCCUCAGGCCUCUGAGCUUUUCCAGUUUUGGUCAGGGGGCUCUGGGUCCCCCUGGAAUGUUCCAGAUGUGAAGCCAUUCUCACAGACGCCGUUCUCGUUGUCACUGACCCCCCCAUCUGCUGACCUCCCAGGGUACGAGCCCCCCCAAGCCCUCUCACCCCCUGCCCUGCCCCCACCUGCCCCGUCACCCCCAGCCUGGCAGGCUCGGGCCCUGGGCACUGCCCGAUUGCAGCUGGUAGAGUUCUCAGCCUUUGUGGAACCGCCGGAUGCAGUCGACUCUUACCAGAGGCACCUGUUCGUACACAUCAGCCAGCACUGCCCCAGCCCUGGAGCGCCCCCCCUCGAGAGUGUGGACGUCCGGCAGAUCUAUGACAAAUUCCCUGAGAAAAAGGGUGGCCUGCGGGAGUUGUACGAUCGCGGGCCCCCUCACGCCUUCUUCCUGGUCAAGUUCUGGGCGGACCUGAACUGGGGCCCUAGUGGCGAAGAGGUAGGGGCCGGCGGCAGCAGUGGUGGUUUCUAUGGAGUGAGCAGCCAGUACGAGAGCCUGGAGCACAUGACCCUCACCUGUUCCUCCAAGGUCUGCUCCUUUGGCAAGCAGGUGGUGGAGAAGGUGGAGACGGAGCGUGCCCAGCUGGAGGACGGGAGGUUUGUGUACCGCCUGCUGCGCUCACCCAUGUGUGAGUACCUGGUGAAUUUCUUGCACAAACUUCGGCAGCUGCCCGAGCGCUAUAUGAUGAACAGUGUCCUGGAGAACUUCACCAUCCUCCAGGUGGUAACAAACCGAGACACCCAGGAGCUGCUGCUCUGCACUGCCUACGUCUUUGAGGUCUCCACCAGCGAGCGGGGGGCCCAGCACCACAUUUACCGUCUGGUCAGGGACUGAAAGGGGACCCCAAAAGUGGCUCAUGCCCGGAAUACCCUCCUUCCAGGAAGGACCCCCAGCUUUCUUCAUGCUUAUUUGGGGAGGGGGCGCUGAUCCGUUAGAGGGGACCUUACAAAGCUGGGUGGCAAGCUGGAAGGUUGGAUCCUGAUAUUGGGACUUCACAGUGGUGUCUGAAAGGACAGAUCACUCCAGAGCAUGGGAACUGGGAACAGGAGUGAGACAACCCUGAGGUAUAGCACUGGUUUCUCAGUCUCUUAACAGGUGCCCUCCCCCAACUUGGUUCUGGAUGUUUUUGGGGGGGCGGGGGGCUUUGAUAUGGUUUGUCCCUCUGUCUUUCAGCACACCCCCAUCUCCCUUUCUUCCCAACCUGCCUCUCCUUACCACCCUCACCCUGUGACCUUAAGAUCAAGAUCGAAUAUUGAAGGUUAACCCUUUCUGUGCUGGAGCAGAGCCAGGUGGGCCCUGGAAAUAUUUUUUUUUAAUAUAACAAGAGAUAUUUAUAA